AUGGCCGCCAUCCAGCUCAACUUCACCCUCCGCACUUCUGCCAACGUCAAGACCGUCCACUUGCUCGGGUCCUGGGACAACUACAACGGCCAGCUGCCGCUGUCCAAGGACUCGUCCAAGUCGGGCGGCUGGAAGGGCACGUUCCGCUUCCAGGGCACCACGCUCAAGCAGGGCCAGCGAUACUGGUACUACUACAUCAUCGACGGCUACCACGUCUCCCACGACCCGGCGCGCGAGUCCGUCACGGAGCCCACCACCGGCCGUAAGCUGAACACCCUCGACAUCCCCAAGUCCGCAGCAGCAGCAGCAGCAGCAGCAGGCGGCGCAGCGAGCAAGCCCUCUUCUUCUUCCCGCCACUCGCGCCGCACGUCGGCCAACGUCCCCAAGGGCCGUCCCGUCGAGCAAUCCGACAUCGUCAGCCCACGCCCUUACAAGCCCCAGGAGACCCGCAAGGUGCGCACGGAGCAAUUCGCGCAGCCGACCAUGGAGCAGCUCACGGCGCGCUUCGCCGCCCAGCGCGUCGAGGAAUCCUCUUCUGAAGAAGACGAGGACAGCGAUUCCGACUCCGACGUCGCCUCGGACGUCCCCUCGCUCACGUCCCGCAGCUCCCGCAGCAGCAACAGCAGCACCCCGAGCUCCGUCUCCAGCACUUCCUCCUGCUGCACCUGCGAGCGCUACGGCAUCACCCGCGGCGGCUCCCGCGUCAAGCUCGACUGCGGCGGUUCGCGGUGCGGGUACUCGGAUGGCUCCGAGUGCUCCAGCGAGUCCGAGGACGACUACAAGCGCGGCACUACCCGCCGCAACGGCAUCGUCGUCCGUCGCUAG